UGUAAUGGAUCCAAGCAACCUGGGAUUCAGAGGACAACAAAGAAAGGAUGGGGGCCCACACUCGCCCCCAAAAGAAGUGGAACCUGGGCAUGGAAGAGGCCUUGCGCUUUCAAAACAUGCAGAAGGUGGAAUUGGCAGAGGCUUUAAAACUUCAAAAGAAUGUGUUACGGAGCAUGCCAGGGAACUGCAGCUAACUGCACCCAAGGGUCCUGGAGAAGGUUUUAAGUAUGCUAGAGAAUCAGAGUUACAGCGUCGGAGGGAGCCCUCCAGGAAUUUACCACUAUUUUUACAGACAUCCCUUGGAGUACGUGGCCUUAGCUAUGCUCGGUCCCUGCAGCAGCCCUCCACAGAGCCUGGCCUUGGCCAUGCCUGGUCUCUGAAGCUUUCACAUGAAGAUCCUGGCCCCGGUGGUGGCCUGCCAUGGCACCGAUCUCCUGAAGAGCCUGGUCUGAGAGGCACCCAGGCCCUGCAGCCGCCCUCUGAGGAGCCCGUUCUGGGCCCCGCCCGUUCUCUGCAGCCGCCCUAUGAGGAGCCCGUCUUGGGCCCCGCCCGUUCUCUGCAGCCGCCCUCUGAGGAGCCCGUCCUGGGCCGCGCCCGUUCUCUGCAGCCGCCCUCUGAGGAGCCCGUCCUGGGCCGCGCCCGUUCUCUGCAGCCGCCCUCUGAGGAGCCCGUCCUGGGCCGCGCCCGUUCUCUGCAGCCGCCCUCUGAGGAGCCCGUCCUGGGCCGCGCCCGUUCUCUGCAGCCGCCCUCUGAGGAGCCCGUCCUGGGCCGCGCCCGUUCUCGGCCACCAGCCUCUGAGGAGCCCGUCCUGGGCCGCGCCCGUUCUCGGCCACCAGCCUCUGAGGAGCCCGUCCUGGGCCGCGCCCGUUCUCGGCCACCAGCCUCUGAGGAGCCCGUCCUGGGCCGCGCCCGUUCUCGGCCACCAGCCUCUGAGGAGCCCGUCCUGGGCCACGCCCGUUCUCGGCCACCAGCCUCUGAGGAGCCCGUCCUGGGCCGCGCCCGGUCUCGGCAGCCGCCCUCUGAGGAGCCCGUCCUGGGCCGCGCCCGGUCUCGGCAGCCGCCCUCUGAGGAGCCCGUCCUGGGCCGUGCCCGGUCUCGGCAGCCUCCCUCUGAGGAGCCCGUCCUGGGCCGCGCCCGGUCUCGGCAGCCUCCCUCUGAGGAGCCCGUCCUGGGCUGCGCCCGGUCUCGGCAGCCUCCCUCUGAGGAGCCCGUCCUGGGCCGCGCCCGGUCUCGGCAGCCUCCCUCUGAGGCGCCCGUCCUGGGCCGCGCCCGGUAUUGGCAGCCGCCCUCUGAGGAGCAUGCCCUGGGCCGCGCCCGGUCUUUUCAGCUGCCACAAAAAGAGUCCUACCUGACCCACACCCAGCUCCUGAAGCCAUUUCCCAAACAGCCUGGUCUCGGUGGCACUCAGUCCCAGCAGCCGUUUCUUGAAGAGCUCACCCUGGGCGAUUCCCAGCCCUUCCAGCUGGCCCCUGAAGCUCCUGGCCCAGGCCGGGCCCAGUUCCUACAGACACCACCUGAAGAGGUUGACCGGAGCCAUGUGACUAUUGGCUCAACCCUGCCAUCAUGCCCUGAAGCACCCAGCAGCCUGGGUCGUGCCCAUCCCCUAUUGCCACACCUGAAAGAGCCCAGUCUGGGCCGUGUCUGGCCCCAACAAUUUUCUGAAGAAACUGGCCAGGGCCGUUCCAGGGGCUUGGUAUUAUCUGUUCCAAAAACUGCAGCACCCCAAAGUUCUACAAUAACACCAAGUUCUUUGUCAGGAGUCACAGAGGCCCCCCCACCCAAGUUGGAGUCCCCAUGUUCAGUUUCCCCACUGAUUACAAUGUUCCAGAGUAUUGGGCUUGCCACAGAAGAAAUAAACAAAUUUGGAGGAGCUGAAUUAACAGCUGGAGGUUCACGGAGCAGAGGUGACCCAGGAAAUAUACCAGUUGAAGUUGCAGGGCAGCAUUCUGAAGAAAUCUUAACAGAAGGUGACAGAAUGCGUGUAAAGAAGCAAGGCCUUAAGGGGAACCCUUUAACACUUGGGUUCAAUUACAUUGAAAUCAGCUGCAGAAAUGAAGCAGUCUUCCAGUAUCAUGUGACAUUCAGCCCAGCUGUUGAAUCUAGAUCCAUGCGGUUUGGGAUGCUGAAAGAACAUAGUUCUAUCAUUGGAAGUGUCACAGCUUUUGAUGGGUCUAUCCUGUAUCUUCCUAUUCAGCUGAAAGAGGAGGUUGACUUACAAUGCACAAGAAAAACUGACAAUGCGGAAAUCAGUCUGAAGAUAAAGAUGACAAGCAUCCUUCCACCCAACUCGAAUCUUUGCAUUCCAUUCUACAAUGUUGUGUUGAGGAGAGUAAUGAAGAUACUGGAUUUCAAACUAAUUGGAAGGAACCAUUAUGACCCAAAACGUGCUGUUGUUCUAGGAAAACAUAGAUUACAGAUAUGGCCUGGAUAUUCUGCAUGCAUAAAGCGUACUGAUGGAGGACUGUACCUGACAGUUGAUAUUUCCCAUAAAAUCCUCCGAAAUGACUCCGUUUUAGAUGUCAUGAAUAUGAUUUACCAAAAUGGUAAAGAAAACUUUCAGGAUGAAUGUAUGAAGGAAUUGAUUGGCUCCAUUGCCCUUACCCGAUAUAACAAUCGUACUUAUCGUAUUGAUGACAUCAACUGGAACAUGAGUCCCAAAGACAAAUUCACUCUUUUCAAUGGAACAGAGACCACUUUUGUCGAGUAUUACAGGAAAAAUUAUGGAAUAACAAUUAAGGAGUUAGAUCAACCUUUAGUAGUCCAUCGUCCAAAAGAAAGGUCCGGGGUUUCUGGAAAGACUCUUGCUGGUGAAAUCCUCUUGAUACCAGAACUGAGUUUCAUGACUGGAAUUCCUGAAAAUUUGAGGAAAGAUUUCAGGUCAAUGAAGGAUUUAACUAUGCACAUUAAUGUGAGUGGAGAACAGCAUACAAACCAGUUACGACAACUCCUUAAAAAUAUCAAUACUAAUGAGGCGGCGAUAAAUGAGCUUGAUGGCUGGGGUCUCGCUAUUAAAACUAAUAUUCUAAUGGCAGAAGGAAGGAAUUUACCUGCAGAAACUAUCUAUUUGCAGUCAAGUGCUUUUAAAACCUCUCCUGAAGUCAGCUGGACUAGAGAAAUUGGGCGGGAUCCAACACUUACCUGUGUUCCUUUAACUUGUUGGGGAAUCUUUUAUCCCCGACGCUGUUUUGACCAAGCAGAAGAACUCAUAAAUACAUUUGUUAAAGUAGCACACCCAAUGGGGCUAAAGCUAGAACGACCAGUCCGUAUAGAGUUAAAGGAUGACCGCACAGAGACCUACUUAAAAAUCAUCCAUUCACACCUUGUUAGUGAGCCAAAUGUCCAGAUGAUAGUUUGUAUUCUCACUGGAAACAGAGAAGAUUUGUACAGUGCCAUUAAAAAGCUAUGCAGUGUUCAAUCCUCUGUACCCUCACAGGCUAUUAAUUUAAGAACCAUCUCUCAGCCUCAGAAGCUGAGGGCUAUUGCCCAAAAGAUACUUCUUCAGAUUAACUGCAAAUUGGGUGGAGCUCUAUGGAGUGUUGCAGUUCCUUUGAAACGAUUUAUGAUAAUAGGAGUGGAUGUUCAUCACGACACAACCAAAGCAAAUCGAUCAGUUUUAGGAUUUGUUGCAAGUCUCAAUAGCUCUCUGACUAAAUGGUAUUCACGGGUGGGUUUUCAGAUGCCAAAUGAAGAGCUUAUUGAUGGGUUUAGAGUCUUACUUUUGGCAUCUCUUCAGACAUAUCAUAAGGAAAAUCACUUUCUUCCUGACAAGAUAAUUAUAUAUCGUGAUGGAGUAUCUGAUGGCCAACUAAAUGCAGUACAGCAAUAUGAAAUACCACAGCUAUUGAAAUGCUUCAAAACCUUUCCCCAGUACGAACCAAUGCUCGUUUUCAUAGUUGUCCAAAAGAGAAUAAACACAACUCUGUAUUCUAUGGAAGGAGAGAAGUUUGGCGUCCCCCCUCCUGGAACUGUCCUUGACCAUACGAUUACUUCAAGUGACUGGGUUGAUUUCUUCUUACUGUCUCAUCAUAUUCGUCAUGGAUGUGGUUUUCCUACUCACUAUAUCACACUUUACAAUACUGCCAACCUCACCCCAGACCAUUUGCAAAGACUAACCUAUAAGAUGUGCCACAUGUAUUGGAAUUGGGCAGGGACCAUUAAAGUACCAGCGCCAUGUAAAUAUGCCCACAAGCUGGCUUUCCUCUCCGGGAAGGUCUUGCACAGUGAACCGUCAAUACAUCUAGCCGACAGACUUCAUUUUUUGUAGAUCUUUGCUAUUAAGAAUUUACUAUUCUUUGAGAAGCCAGCUUUCACGGUGUACUUUUAAAAGAAUUUCAUUACUUUGUUAAUCUUGAAAAAUUGUCAAAUUGUUUCUAUAAGAUAUGUUUGUAUUUGUGAAAAAAGAGCCAUAAAUAACCAUUUUAGGUUAAAAUUGAAUUAAACUAUGUUUUUUUUUGUUGUUGUGAGGACUGUAGUUGCUACAAUUUGAUUUGGAGGAAAAAAGUUAAGAAAUAAAAAAGUUCUGUUUAAGAUUUCA